AUGAUUGACCAACUGAUUGUGUCUCGGCCUUGGUUGUGUCAGUCACAAGCAGUUACUAAAAACAGUCAGUCACAAGCAGUCACUAAAAACAAUCAGCCACAAGCAGUUACUAAAAACAGUCAGUCACAAGCAGUCACUAAAAACAGUCAGUCACAAGCAGUCACUAAAAACAGUCAGUCACAAGCAGUCACUAAAAACAGUCAGUCACAAGCAGUCACUAAAAACAGUCAGCCACAAGCAGUCACUAAAAACAAUCAGUCACAAGCAGUUACUAAAAACAGUCAGUCACAAGCAGUCACUAAAAACUGUCAGCCACAAGCAGUCACUAAAAACAGUCAGCCACAAGCAGUCACUAAAAACAGUCAGUCACAAGUAGUCACUAAAAACAGUCAGUCACAAGCAGUCACUAAAAACAGUCAGCCACAAGCAGUUACUAAAAACAGUCAGUCACAAGCAGUCACUAAAAACUGUCAGCCACAAGCAGUCACUAAAAACAAUCAGUCACAAGCAGUCACUAAAACCAAUGGUGACCCAGAAGAUGGUAGACCCAGUGAUGGUGACCCAGUAGAUGCAGACUCAGCAGAUGGUGACCCAGUAGAUGGUGACCCCGCAAAUGGUGACCCAGUGGAUGAGACCAGCAGACGAUGA